AUCACUUGCCACCUUUCGUCGCUGACUUGCCGAACUGACAUCGUCGACUUUGUCCUCCGCCUCGCCAUCGCACUUGUCUGCCAGACGACACCUCUCCACUCUCACACCACACGAUCACAAUGGCAUUGCGACUAGCGACACGGCGCUUUGCGCCCCAGCUCGUGGCGCGCCGCGGCAUGGCCAGCGUUGUCGACACGGCCAAGAACGCAACGAACGCCCCGGGAAUCGUUUCAGAGGCCACUUCGCGUUCGACAGCACCAAAGCCCGCGAGCGAGACGAGCACGAUACAGGAUCCGACCGCAGAUAAGAAUGCCAAGAUCAAGACAUUCCAGAUCUACAGGUGGAACCCAGACACGCCAGAGGAGAAGCCAAAGAUGCAAUCAUACACAUUGGAUCUGAACAAGACGGGACCUAUGAUGUUGGAUGCUCUGAUUAGAAUCAAGAACGAGGUGGACCCAACUCUCACAUUCCGAAGAAGUUGCAGAGAGGGUAUCUGCGGUAGCUGCGCCAUGAACAUUGAUGGCGUGAACACAUUGGCUUGCCUUUGCCGAAUCCCCACAAAUACCGCAAAGGAGUCGAGGAUAUAUCCUUUGCCACACACAUACGUGGUCAAGGACUUGGUGCCAGAUUUGACCCAGUUCUACAAGCAGUACAAGUCAAUCAAGCCAUACCUCCAGCGUGACGCUCCUCCAGAAGACGGCAAGGAAGUUCGUCAAUCUAAGGAGGACCGCCGCAAGCUCGACGGUCUCUACGAAUGCAUUCUCUGCGCCUGCUGCAGCACAUCCUGCCCAUCAUACUGGUGGAACAGCGAAGAAUACCUCGGCCCAGCAGUCCUCAUGCAAUCAUACCGAUGGAUCGCCGACUCUCGUGACCAACGCGCCGAACAACGCAAGGACGCCCUGAACAACAGCAUGUCUCUCUACCGAUGCCACACCAUCUUGAACUGCAGCAGGACAUGUCCCAAGGGCCUUAACCCAGCUUUGGCCAUCGCCGAGAUUAAGAAGGCUAUGGCGUUCUCAUAGACGACGCGUGCGAUGGGUAGUUUUUCUGUGCGUCUGUGUAACAACUGCUUUAGACAUGCGAGAAGAUUAGGGCAAAUGUAUCAGCAGAGGCGCUACAUGGAUGAGAGAGGCCAAGUGGGUACUACUACUAUACCAGCAAGAAGAAACACACUUUGUACAUAAGCCUUCCCCUUUCAAAAUGUUCAAGUCAAAAAUUUCAGCGAUUGGCGUCCUUUCCCAAAGAUCGCCCGUCGUCUGUGGUCAUGCGAUUUCCGCGUAAUGUCUUUCCCGGUUGAAUUCCUGUACAGUCGCAUCCAGGACACGCAAAAAUGGUCGAGCCA